GUUUUACGUUACACCAAAUGUCAGAAUUGUCACUAUCACUGAAUCGUAUUUUUAUUUUCCAUAUUUAUGAAAAAGGUGCUUCAAACCAGUACGAUUACAAACGUUUAUACAGGAUUUAUUACAAAACAUAAUUUCCUCAAUACGUAUUUUGAGUGAAACUUUACCAAAGAACAAAGAUAACAUCCUCGCUGUCCCAAACUGGCGUGUCCUGGUAUGUUCCCGCCGUUUUUGUGCCUGAAAAAAUUGGCGGUUUAUUAGCGUUAGUGUGGCUUGGAAUCCCGAGUUGAUGUCUGGUUUGAGAUCAGUAAUCACGAAAAUGGCAGAGACAAUCGCUUCCAAGAGGCUGUCCGGUAGGCCUUUCACAGCCGUUGUUGAAGGAAACAUCGGAAGCGGUAAAACGACAUUUUUGAAACACUUCAGUCGCUACGAUAAUGUUGCCAUUUUCGCUGAACCCAUCGAUAUGUGGAGGAACUGCAAUGGAUACAAUCUUCUUGAAUACAUGUACACAGAUGCAAAGAAGUGGAGCUUCACCUUUCAAUCAUAUGUACAGUUGACAAUGCUUAGAAUACACCAAAAGAAGAUAGUUCAGCCCAUCAAACUUAUGGAACGUUCUGUGUACAGUGCAAGGUUCUGCUUUGUUGAGAAGAUGCAGAGGGAUGGAUUGAUGCUCCCUCCUUCAGUCAGUGUCAUUGAUGAAUGGUUCAAGUACAUAACCAGUAUGGAAGAUACUGCUGUAGAUUUAGUAGUCUACCUCAGGACAACACCUGAAGUUGCAUAUGAGAGGAUACUGAAAAGAAAUAGAAGUGAAGAACGCACCGUUCCAUAUGAUUACAUCCAGGCAUUACAUGAAAUACAUGAAAAUUGGUUGUAUAACAAAACACUCCAUACUUGCCCAGCUCCUGUUAUUGUCCUAGAUGCUGACCUUGAUAUAUCUGUUAUAAGUGAGGAAUAUAAGAGGUUUGAGCCUCAUAUUCUGAACAAAAUUCCUGUUGGAGCCAAAGUUAUUUAAAUUAUCCCAGUCAUUAUUUUUAAGAAUUUUACAAAAUUAUUUUAGAUGCUGGAUGAAACCAGUAUGUCUACAGAAUCAUGAAAUGAGGUUUGAGUCAUUUGCAUUUUAUGAUGCUAUGAAUAUUUGAUUUAAAAUUUUGUGGAAGUAAGUAAAUACGGAUUUAUGUGCAUUUCAUAUUUUGUCUGUAACUUCAGGCUCAGCAUUUAAUGUUAUGCAUUUCUUAUGAGAAUUUCUUUAAAAUCCUUCACUUUUUUGUAGAAGAGAAACAAUAAAAGUUCAAAAAUAAUUUAGCUGUUACAGUACUGACAUGAGAUAUUUGAUUACACCCUGAUUUUGAGAACUCCAUUAUUGUGAAAAUUAUUUGAUAAACACUUCACAAUCUUUAUAACUAGAAAGCAUACUACAACAACAAUGUAGUUUUCAUAUUCAGAAAGUAAUGAUACACUUAAAGAUAUUUAUAAAUUAAAAAAAUGUAUACGUACUUAUGUGAAUAUUUACAACUGUUUACAGAUUCCAUCAAAUACUGUAAAAAAUACCUGAUUAACAAGUUACACUUGAUUUAUAUCAAUUAGUUCAUUGGGCAGUAUUAGCCUUUAUAAUAUAAAAUGUUUUUUUAUUGUGAUGCAUAUAGCAAGCACUGAUUGUAUUUUAUUCCAAUUAUAUCAUCAUUUCUU